GAGAUAACCUUCCGUAACUAUACAACACGCAAUGUCGCGUGAUUGGUCUUAUCUACUAGCGCGAGAGUUUUCUCACAGAAAACUAAACCGACGUCAUCGCAGACACACGCUUCUCCACCAACGAUUAUUUUCACAUCACAAGAUAAGACUGACUCGACUAUUUAGGUAAUCGAGGGGUAAAACAAACCACUGUGCGAUACCUGAGGGUAACAGAAAUCGAACCGCAAUUUCCUAGGGGUAAUAGAAACCAAGAUCGAGUUAUCUGGGGGUAACAGAAACGACCGGACGCAAACAAAGCGCGCAAGCUCACGCCACAGUCAAACUACGGCUCACUCGGAACUUCUGGAACGGCUACCCAAGGCUUGACUCACUUUCGAAACGGUUAUAUUGCAAAUUCAGAAAACCCGAGGUAUUCAAGAUGGAAACAUUCAAAUACUAUCAUGGGUUGGUGGACAUGGGAAGUAAUGGCAUUCGGUUUUCGAUAACGGAUCUGUCGCCAGCAACACAACGUAUUCUUCCGACAGUGUAUCUUGACCGUGCAGCAAUAUCUCUCUAUGACGCCCAAUAUGAGACCGGUAACCUUGGGCCUAUUCCAGAGUCUACAAUCAAGCUGGUCAUUAAGUCCCUCCUGCGCUUCAAAUCGACUUGUCAAGACUUCAAUGUUCCCGAAAGGCAGAUCCGAAUCGUAGCCACCGAAGCCACUCGUAAAGCGAUCAACUCGGAGGAGUUUCGAAACAGGAUUCAGGAGACUACAAAGUGGACUGUCGAGCUUCUGCCCAAAGAGAUGGAGGGAAGAACCGGAGCGCUAGGCGUGGCGAGCUCAUACGAAAACGUUGUUGGAUUAAUGCUAGAUCUUGGAGGCGGUAGCACACAGCUAACCUGGAUCAUGACCGAGCAUGGCAAAGUGAAAAUGAGUGAAAAAGGGAGUGCGAGCUUGCCCUACGGAGCUGCAGCACUCAUCAAGAGACUUGAGGCAGCGGGAUCAAUUGGUAGCAGCGGAUACCAAAAUUUUGAAAGAGACGUGGUCCAGGAGCUGAAAGCUGCCGUGCAACAAAUUGAAAUACCUCAAGAACUUCUCGAAAAAGCAACGUCUGCCGAAGGUCUCCACCUCUACCUGAGCGGAGGAGGUUUUCGAGGCUGGGGCUUCGUCCUAAUGUCGGAACACGUUAUAAAACCCUAUCCGAUUCCAAUCGUCAACGGCUUCCGGACCACCAGAGAAUCGUUCCAGGACACGCAAGCUAUACAGGCAGCUGUGGGGAAUGAAGAUACGCCUGAGAUAUUUCGAGUCUCAGCGCGGCGUGCGAGUCAGGUACCGGCCGUGGCAUUUCUAGUAAAUUGUCUAUCACAAGCGCUACCCAUAAUUACGGACGUCUAUUUCUGCCAGGGAGGGGUUCGAGAAGGUAUUCACUUUGCGGAAAUGAAUGCAAGCACUCGAGAAGAGAGUCCUCUAGUCACGGCAACAAAGUUGUAUGCUCCAGCGUCAACACAAAAGCUCGUGGAGGAAUUAUUUGGGGCCCUCCCGUCUCAAGAGAUAUUCAAGAGCACUCUUGUUACAGCUGUGGUACAAGGAAUGUUCGCGCACACAGCUCAAGUGAAAGAUCUUCGAGGAGGAUCAGCUCUCAGGAGCACUACGACAGGCAUCUUUUCAGCUGCCCACGGCUUGAGCCACGAACAGCGAGCUCUGCUGUCAAUUGUUCUUUGCGAGCGAUACGGAGGUUACAACUCCAUCAGCCCGACAGAGCAGGACUUCUACCGCCGAAUGAUACAGUUACUUCCCGAAGACGUGGAAUGGUGGUGCAUGUAUCUCGGGCGUGUUGUUGCUGUCCUUGCUAGCGUUUAUCCCGCCGGUAUCGUUAGAGAGAAAAGGGUGGAUAUCAACGCGGAGUGGACUGUGACGAAGAAAGGCAACGAGAAGCUCUGCAUUGAUUUCGGGUUCAAGCAAGAGCUAGAUGAGUUGGAUGAGGGACUAGACGCUGCUUUGAGGAAGGUCGAAAAGGCGGGCAAGAAGAAGAAUUGGGUUGGAGGGAAGGGGUACAAGGUGUUGCUAACAGUGAACGGCAAAGAAUACAGUGCUGGCGAGAAUUAGGGUUACUGUCUCAUGACCAAAGCAUUGUUCUCACAACGGUUCAGUCAGGAUCAUGACAUACUGCUUCGCUGCAUUAGUGGUGAAGAUCGUGAAAUCCAGAAUCUCGCCGAGGUCGUGAAACGUGUCGGUUGCUGCUUUACGAAGGCAUCGUGACUUCGAGGCGGUAUGUUGCCACCACCGCGCCGUAGCAUCGUGACCUCUGGCGGCGGGAAU